AUGAAAUUUGCACAGGAAUUCAAGAGGUCUCUCCAGCAAGAGGGGUUCCCACAAAAAUGGGUCGACUCGGCCAUUCCAUAUGGGCAGCUCAAGAAAUGUCUGAAAAAGGUCACCCGCGAAUUAGAGGAUCUCGGACUGGACAAGGGCACUCUUGCUCAGCUGGCAGCCGACCAGUCUACCUCCACCGGCCACUUCAGUGAACAGCAUGGAUGGAAAUAUGAUCUGAACGGAGAGCCCAGCAAGAAGUAUUUCCGGCCGAGGCUAACCGUCUUUGUCCACCUUCGAAAUGGUGUUGCUGUCGAUGCGCAACUCUCGCCAGCAACAAGGCAGUUUCUUGGCAAGAUCGCCUCCGAAAAGGCUACCAGCACUGUGCCUCCGACAGAUACUGUGCUUGAAAAUGAGCCGACAGCCUGCCAAGACGCUGUCAGUCCCGACGAAGGUUCAGAUUCCGACGAAGGCCACACGCCAAACCGGUCAGAAAAUACGAAAGCAGCCCUGAUGGUACAGAAGGUCGAGGUGCCUCUUGUAUUCGAUGCAGAGUUCUUUGACAUCUUGCAGACCGACGUGUCGGUCCUCGAUGCCCUGCAAGGCGAGGAGCAGCAGAAGAUGAAAGGCGAGAUCGUUGCGCUCGGACAGGAGAUAACCAAGGUCUCGAGGCCCUCCAACGGCAAGAACGCCAAGGACGAUCUGGCAAAAUGGCGCGACAUCUUCGAGCUCUACCUGGAUGCCCGCAUUUUCUUCUCCAAUCGCGAGAGUGAUCACGGUGCAAGGACGAGCGCUCAGGCAGUCGAGCAAUUGCAAUGGUUUCAGGACCAGGUCGUGAAGCGGAAGUUGGUGCAAAAGCUCAAGCUUCAGCCGAGCAGGGAGGCUUUCACCAAGUUCCUCAAUGUGAAUGCCAUGUUACUUCAAAAUCUGAAGUUUCAGGAAAUCAACCAGCUUGCUAUAAAGAAAAUCUUGAAGAAAUUUGACAAGAGGACCUCGCUAGGGGUGGCCCAGACCUUCUCAGUAGCAGUGCACUCGGAGAGACUCCUGGCAGGCAGUGUGGCCAAGGAUCUAUGCGCUCAGGUGUCCAGCGAGAUCAUAUCGGCGGUGCCCCAGCUCGACGACUAUCUCUGCCCGAUAUGCUUCGCCAUCGCGUACUGGCCCAUCCGACUAGAGUGCGACCACGUUUUCUGCAGUCGCUGUUUGGUCAAGAUGCAGAGGAAGGGCGAGAGGUUCUGUCCGCUAUGUCGCGGGGACGUCAUCAUGAAGGCGGGCAUGAACAAUUUCGACCACACUCAUGCCAACUUCCUCAAGGAGUACUUCCCCAAGGAGGUGAAGGAGAAGAUUAAGGCCAACGAGCUCGAACGCGGCAAAGAGAUAUUUGGACCGGACUACAGCGAUAGGCCAUGCUCUGUCAUGUAG